AGUCUCUUUAAUUUCUCCAAAUAAACUCUACCAAAUUAGCCCCCAAAAAAAAAAAUCAUUUUUUCUUGAUAUAACCUUUGAUUUUUUUUCCUUAAGGAUUUAGAAGAAAAUGGGAUUUAUUUCUGGCAAUAAUAAACUUCUUUCAAAAAUAGCAACAAGUGAUGGACAUGGUGAAAACUCAGCAUAUUUUGAUGGUUGGAAAGCUUAUGAAAAUGAUCCUUUUCAUCUAAUAAAAAACCCUAAUGGUGUUAUUCAGAUGGGUUUGGCUGAAAAUCAGCUUUGUUUUGAUUUAAUUCAAGAAUGGGUAGUCAACAACCCAAAAGCCUCCAUUUGCACAGCUGAAGGAGCUCAAGAUUUCAAGGAUAUAGCUAUUUUUCAAGACUAUCAUGGUUUGCCAGAAUUUAGAAAGGCAGUUUCAAGAUUUAUGGAAAAAGUGAGAGGAGACAAAGUCACAUUUGAUCCAGAUCACAUUGUUAUGAGUGGAGGGGCAACUGGAGCUCAUGAAACUCUAGCAUUUUGUUUGGCUGAUCCUGGUGAUGCAUUUUUGGUUCCAACACCAUAUUAUCCAGGAUUUGAUAGAGAUUUGAGGUGGAGAACUGGAGUGCAACUAUUUCCUGUUGUUUGUGAGAGUUCAAACAAUUUCAAGAUCACAAAAGAAGCCUUAGAAUCUGCAUAUGAAAAAGCUCAAGAAUCAAAUAUCAGAAUAAAAGGCUUACUUAUAAACAAUCCAUCAAAUCCAUUAGGCACAGUCUUGGACAGGGAAACAUUAAAAGACAUACUAAGUUUCAUCAAUGACAAAAACAUCCACUUAGUAUGCGACGAAAUCUACGCUGCAACGGUCUUUAGCCAGCCCGAUUUCAUCAGUAUAUCCGAAGUAAUGCAGGAAGUUAAUGGAUGCAAUGAAAAUUUGGUACAUAUUGUUUAUAGCCUGUCGAAAGAUUUGGGAUUCCCUGGAUUCAGAGUCGGGAUUAUUUACUCAUACAACAACGUAGUGGUGAAUUGUGCUAGAAAAAUGUCAAGUUUUGGACUCGUUUCAACACAAACGCAAUUCUUGAUUGCUUCCAUGCUAUCGGAUGAGAUUUUCGUUGAAAAUUUCAUCGCGAAGAGCUCAGUGAGAUUGUCACAAAGGCAUGGUUUGUUCACUAAGGGAUUAGCACAAGUUGGAAUUUGUACAUUGAAGAGUAAUGGUGGAUUAUUUUUUUGGAUGGAUUUGAGAAGAUUACUUAAAGAGUCAACAUUUGAAGCUGAAUUGGAUCUUUGGCAUAUAAUUAUAAAUGAAGUUAAACUCAAUGUUUCACCUGGUGUUUCAUUUCAUUGUUCUGAGCCUGGUUGGUUUAGAGUUUGUUUUGCUAAUAUGGAUGAUGAAACUAUGAGAGUUGCAUUGAGAAGAAUUAGACAUUUUGUGCUACAAAGAAAGGGAUUAAUUGAAGUUGCUACCAAGAAACAAUGUAGAAGGAGCAAACUUGAAAUUAGUUUAUCAUUUAGAAGAUUGGAUGAUUUCAUGAACUCUCCUUUCAUGAAUUCUCCUCACUCUCCAAUGUCUUCUCCUAUGGUCCAGGCGAGGACUUAAUGGCGUCCAGAUCAGCUUGCGUACUCGUCGAUUAUUUCACUGAGCGUCUAGAUCAGCUUAUGUACACGUCGACAAACAAGCGUCCAGAUCAGCUUGUGUACACGUCGACUAUUUCAAUGAGUACAUGAUACAUCCGUCUAAUUGGAGGAGGAUGAGUUCUAUAGUUGUAGUAGUGAUUGGUAGGUCUAAUUACAAAACAUAGAAUAAAAGUUCAUAGAGAUUCUUUAAUUUUUCUUUUAUUUGAGUUUUUGCCUAUACUAUGACUGCAAAAAGCAAUCAAAUGGGCUUUAUUGUGGAAUUUUUUAAUUUGUUCUUGGUUUUUCUGUAUAUCUUCUUGUAAUUAUAAAGGUGACUCAAGUUGUAAUCUGUUUUCAAGAGGCAAAUGCAGAGGAUAUCCAUCAUUUUUUAGUAAUAAUUACUCAGA